CGUCUCCACGGCAGCCCCAGUGCCCAGGGCCCUCACCCAGCUCCACGCACCGGCAUCACCCACUGCAGCGUGCAGCCCUGAGAUUUGUGCUCAGGACCACAGCUCACCUGGGACAAACCUAUUGGAAAGGAGUUUGGCUGACAGAGAAGUCUUUCUUCAGGUCUAUUUCUUACCAAAGUCCACAUUUUGCUGGACUGGAUCAGAACUAGUAAUCUGUAUGAUCUAUGGUGAAUUCACUUUAAGCCCUGCAUGAGUCAACCGUCAUAAAAGUACAGGAGUUUUCAGCAGGAAUGUAUGAUUAGAGAGCUGUUCCAGGAGCUCUGCUAAUCAGCACAGUAUCUGCUUAAACACCUGUACAGCAGCUCAGGGAAAGCAGUAAAGAUAAAAACGGCUUCAGGACUGUGAAGAGCAGGUGCAAUUAUGGUCAUUCUAUUAAUACUCAGCUUGGUGAUAGUGCACAAGAGUCUCAUCAGAGAAGACCUCAGGGACUACAGAUGCUAUGUGGGAAGUGCCUGGGCUGACGGCCGCAUACGAAACCUGGAUGUCUUCCUGCAAGCUCCUGGGAUAGCUGAAACCGGAGGGACAUUAAGCAGAAACAAUAAAGUCACAUAUCUGGAAUGCGUUAGUCGUCAAAGCCAUGUGCAAGUAAAUCUGCUGCACCUGGAGAAGAUGCACGGAGAUGUGACAGAGUGGACAGCAGAGGAAUGCACCGUGGAGAGCCUGCAGGUCAUCCCCAGCACAGCCGGGGGACACAACCACACCUGUUUCUUACAGACAGCCACGAGAAGGCAGUUCCGUCGAAGAUUCAUUUUCAGAAGCAAAGUGUUUCUGGCAGUGAUUUCGAAUCACACCGUAACAGCAACACCACUCAAGCAGGACACUUUUUCCAAUGGCUCAUCUACCCCACGUGUGCACCCGGAGCAACAGCCUUCCCAAGAGAGAAUUCCAUCCGCAAAUGGCAAAGAUUCACUGAUCAGACGAAAAAUAGCUAUCUUCAUGAAAGUGUUCUUUGUUUGCAUCCUGUUAGCUCCUCUGAUAUGCUAUGUCAUAUUUUUCAUACACGAAAUAAGCCACUUGUUCUUGUGCCUUGACUGGAUUGGCAGCAGAUGGAUCAGACGCAAAUACACUCCUGCAGCCUCCAUCCCAGCGAAUCACCAGUCAGGAACACUCUCAGCCCAGCUACCCAAGGACAGAAAGGAGAAGUCUGUGCAAUGUAUUGCCUGACUCUCAGAAUCCCUUCCCACAGAUCCCUACACGAGAAAACCCCAAAUUAUCGUCAUCCACAAAACCUAUUUAUGAAAUGCUGCAGGCUUUAGAGAAACACUGUUUUUACCUAAAAAAUGCAUCAUCUUCUUCCUCACCACUUACUGGGAACAGCAGAUUGAACAUCAGCAGCUUAAACAACCACAGCUUCAACUGCUGCAGACUGAAACCAGACUUAACAUCAGAAGCAACAUUUACCUGGUUAGGAGCAAUGGCAUCAAUUCACUGUGAAACGAGGUGCUGUGAAGACACCCACAUGCUGAUUCCUUCCAUUAACUACCUGGAUUCAUGCUUUAAUUCCCAGAUACUUGACAGACCUGUUGGCAUAAGCAAUAAAUAUUUCAUUGACAUUCCAAA